AUGCAGGUCGCGUUUGGCGAAAUGGCGUCAGUUUUUCGCCUCGCUGCAGCCGGCGAGCGCGUGCGCAUGGACAAACUCCUUUUUUUCCAGCUCACCGCUCCCCUCUUCGACCCUCUUCGCCUCGCCGCCCUGCAAGAGGAAGAAGUUGCUGCUGCUGGCGCCCGAGAAGAGGAGAGGAGAGAGGACAGGGAGGAGAGAGAAGAGGGAGACGAGCGAGAGGAAGGAGACGAAGCAGAGGAAGGAGACGAAGCAGAGGAAGGAGUAGAAGCAGAGGAAGGAGUAGGAGAGGAAGGAGAGGACGAGGCAGUGGGGCUGGAGGGUACUGAGCAGGCAGAGGAGACAAGGGCUCGCACGGAUGAGGAGGAAGACCGAGUCGAGAAGGAGGACAAGAGUGGAGGAGACCAGGGGGAAGAAUUCAACAAUGCGGGUGUGCGUGCAGGUGAUGAGAAGGCAAUGGGCGGCAGUGCUGACGUGUCACUGGGUGGUGCUGACAAGGCAGAGGCGAGGAGAGGAGUCAGCGAUUUCGCCAGGGGGAGUGGAGGGAAGGUAAAGCGGAAGCAGAUGAGGCAAGUGAAUGAGGGAACUGGUGGUGGUGCUGCUGAGGGCAAGCAGUCAAAGCGGAGGAGAGCAAAGAACAUGUGA